GGUCAUUUGUGGGGUAGGCAGAUUUCCUUAAAGGCAGGAAGUUAGGGCUUCAGAGCUCAGUUGAGAUUACACACUUUCAGCCACUUCAGAAAGAGUCAGUGCCAUGGGUGUUUGGCAGAAGCUGACCUUCCUCUUCCUGCUGCUGCUGCUGCUGCUGCUGGUUGGCCUGGGGCAUCCCCCAUGGCCAGCAGCUAUGGCUCUGACCCUGCGUUGGUUCCUGGGAGACCUCACAUGUUUUGUGCUGCUAAGCUUGACAUUGCUCGCCAGACCCUGGAUCAGCUCCUGGAUGCCCCACUGGCUGAGCCUGGCAGCUGCAGCUCUCACAUUAUCCCUGUUGCCUCCACAGCCACCUCCAGGACUACGAUGGCUGCACAAAGAUGCGGCCUUCACGUUCAAGCUCCUCUUCUAUGGCCUGAAAAUCAGGAGACGCUUUAACAGGGAACCUCCAGAGACUUUUGUGGAUGCUGUUGAGCGGCAAGCACGGGCACAGCCUGACAAAGUGGCCUUGUUGUGUACAGGAUCUGGGGCCUGCUCAAUCACAAAUAAACAGCUGGAUGCCAGGGCCUGUCAGGCAGCAUGGGCACUGAAAGCAAAGCUGAAGGAUGCCACAAGCCAUCAGGCCAGAGAGACUGCUGCCCUCUUAGUGCUCCCCUCCAAGAACAUUUCUGCUUUGAGUGUGUUUCUGGGGUUGGCCAAGCUGGGCUGCCCUGUGGCCUGGAUCAACCCACACAGCCGAGGGAAACCCUUGCUACACUCUGUGCUAAGUUCUGGGGCCGGUGUGCUGGUUGUGGACACAGACCUCCAGGAGAGCCUGGAAGAAGUCCUUCCCAAGCUGCUAGCAGAGAACAUCCGCUGCUUUUACCUUGGCCACACCUCACCUACUCCAGGCGUGGAGGCUCUGGGGGCUGCCCUGGAUGUUGCACCUUCUGACCCCGUGCCUGCCAGCCUUCGAGCUAAGAUUCAGUGGAAAAGCCCGGCCUUGUUCAUCUAUACUUCAGGAACCACUGGGCUUCCAAAGCCAGCCAUCCUAUCACAUGAACGGGUUGUGCAGACGAGCAGGGUGCUGUCCUUCUGUGGGAUCUCAGCUGAUGAUGUGGUCUAUAAUGUCCUACCUUUGUACCACACGAUGGGACUUGUCCUUGGAGUCCUUGGCUGCUUAGAACUUGGAGCCACCUGUGUCCUGGCCACCAAGUUUUCUGCCUCCCGAUUCUGGGCCGACUGUCGGCAGCACAGGGUGACCGUGAUCCAGUAUGUGGGUGAGGUCCUUCGAUACUUGUGUAAUAUUCCUGAGCAACCAGAAGACAAGAAACAUAUAGUGCGCUUGGCAAUGGGCAAUGGACUUCGGGCAGAUGUGUGGAAAACCUUCCGGCAACGCUUUGGUCCCAUUCGAAUCUGGGAAUUCUACGGCUCCACAGAGGGCAACGUGGGCUUAAUGAACUAUGUGGAGCGCUGUGGGGCUGUGGGCAAAACCAGCUGCUUCCUUCGAAUGCUGAUUCCCUAUGAACUUGUACAGUUUGACACAGAGACAGCAGAGCCUGUGAGGGACAAACAGGGGUUUUGUAUCCCUGUGGGACCAGGGGAGGCAGGACUUCUUUUGACCCAGAUUCGAAAGCACAGCCCCUUUCUAGGCUACCGUUCCCAGGAAGAGUCCAAGAAGAAACUGGCCACAAAUGUAAGGCGCAAAGGGGACCUCUACUACAAUACCGGGGAUGUGCUUGUCCUGGACCAGGAAGGCUUCUUCUACUUCCAGGACCGCCUUGGAGACACUUUCCGGUGGAAGGGCGAAAAUGUAUCUACUGGAGAGGUGGAGGAAGUGUUGUCGAGCCUAGACUUCCUAGAGGAAGUCAAUGUCUAUGGGGUGCCUGUGCCAGUGUGCUUUCCAGGGUGUGAAGGUAAGGUUGGUAUGGCUGCUGUGAAGCUGGCUCCUGGGAAGACUUUUGAUGGGCAGAAGCUAUACCAGCAUGUCUGUUCCUCGCUUCCUGCCUAUGCCACACCUCAUUUCAUCCGUAUCCAGGACUCUCUGGAGAUCACAAGCACCUUCAAGCUGAUAAAGUCACAACUGGUGCGUGAGGGUUUUGAUGUAGGGGUCAUUGCUGACCCCCUAUACAUACUGGACAACAAGAUCCAGACCUUCCGGAGUCUAAUGCCUGACAUGUACCAGGCCAUUUGUGAAGGAACCUGGAAGUUCUGACUGCCUAGCCAACUGAAAAGUUGUCCAAAAGUGUGGAAAUCAACAGUGGCCAGGAUUCCCAGUGUCAACUUCACAAAGCUAUCAGAAUUCCAGACGUCCACAGAGAAUAAACUUGAAUGUAUAUGCAGAA